GAUGGAUAAUUCCUCCAGGUUUUGAAAAAAACUUACAUUGUUGCAAACAUAUAUACACUUACUGUCGUAAAUAUUAGACGAAGUGUUAUUUACGAAUAUAAUUUGAAUUUGAAUUUCCUCCACUUUGUUUUUUCGUAACGCAUGGAUCAAUCUGAAUAUCUUUUUGUGUCGUCAUUAUACUCUUCCACUGUAACUGUAUUGGAAAAUCAUCGAGCACGAUUUCAUCCUUUGUUGUACCAUUUAUAAAUCUGUUUUGUUUGUUGAUAACCAACAACGAUACAAAAUUUACAAUGUCAAAAACACAUAGUCCUACUGUUUUUAAUGGAGAGGCUGAUAAUUUUUAUGACCCAAAUUUUACUUUGGACGUUAAUAAAAGAAUGCACGUGCCCAAAAGUAUCCGUGUGUGUGGCGACUAUACAGAUGAGGAUGUAACUAGGACGAGUGCCUCUAGCUGGAAUCAAGUGGCAGAAAAAUUUGAGAUGCAUGUUCCAGACAGAAUUUUAGUUGUUGGACAAGAACAACAUGUUGGAACAAAGGCACCUCCAAGAGAAAUUACAUUAGAAAAUGCUGUAUUACCACCUGAGCCAGGCAUGAUUAGAGUACAGACACCUCCACGAAUCUUGACUUUGGAUAAUCACUAUUUUCCUGCAGUCGAUGAAGAAGAACCAGAUUUAUACUCGACAGAAACUAAGGAUUCGAUGACUAGACCUAACGGCCCAUACACUACAGAAAUGCAAAUAGUUAGACAUACUAGAGAAGAAACACCAUCAUAUAACGCACUCAAUGUUUCUCUUCCGCCUAGCGAAGAGAUCCAACAUUUACGUCGGCAAGUCGGGAAAUUACAACGUCGAGUAAUGGCUAUUGAACUGGAUGUGUUACAAUGUCAACAAAAAGAGAAAAUUUUAUAUGCUUUCACAUUAACAUACUUAAUUUUCAAAACUUUUUCUUGGUUAACCAGAAAUUGAGCUGCCAUCAAGUAAAUAUAAGAGGUUUACAUCUUGUGUGAAAAAUGGUGCUACUAAUCCAUAUGAAUACAAGAUGCUUCAUACGAGUCUAUUGCUCUGAGAGAAAAUGUACAACCAAAGACUCUUCACUGUGGGUGGGUGUAAUUACAAUGAUGUUUAAAAUGAUUGUAUCGUAUAUGUUCAACGUUAAAUUAUUAAGAAUAUUUACAUGGAAGUAUUAUAUUCAAAUAUUUAAAUAUCUAAAUCACAAAGAAUGAUAUCUGUUACUUUCGCGUCUCUUUUAUUUUGUAUAACGAAUUAGGAUAUCUGUUUUCGAUUUACUGUAAUUAAGAAUUGAAUAUAUACGAUAUUAAUUUUCUAAAGUAAUUGAGUCGAUACAUUUAAAUAACAUAUUUGUAAAUCAUGUAUCGCGUAGUCAAGUGAGUAUUAGAACACGAAUUCCUCCGAUGUUUAAAAUCCCAUUUUAUGUGACAGUUUACGUUUAGUAAAGAGUAAUGAGAAACAUCAAGAAAUACUAGAUAUACCAAUAAUAAGUUAUAAUAGGUAGUUGUAAAUUUUUUAAAAAAAGGAAAACAAUGUUGUAAACUAUGUAUUCUGACCCAUAAUUUUCUGCGAUUUCUUUUAAUUCUAUACAAGUGAAAACAAUAUAUCAAAGUGAUGUAUAUUAAACAAUGAUACAUUAUUGAAACCGACUAUUAUGAACAUUAGAAUAUUACUAGGUUCGACACAUUUUUUGUGGCCACCAUAUGUAUUAUUGUACAUUUAUAUAAUAUAAAUAAUUUUAAGUAAAAUAAAUAGUAAACGUACAAUAGUUUUUUUGUAUUAAUAUAAAAAUUA